UCCCGUUUUACUGUGGAUGUUCAAGUUAUUCCUGUGGAUCAAGCGUGUUCUGCAAGGCUAAUGUCAGUUUGUUCUAACGUAACUGUUGGUUUAAAAACUGCUGUUGUAUGUAAGAGCUUAUGUGGUCAAGUUGAAGGGACAUAAAGCUGAAUUACAGUUAACAUUGCUAAAUAACUUGAUGCGUCAGAUAAUGAUAACGUCAGAGCCAACUUUGGCGCCUCGGCUACUUUCCACAUCCACGUCGUAGGCGAGGCAGCUUCCAUGCUUCUCAGGUAACGCUUACACUUAACACUAACUUUUUCAAAGUUUGUACGAUUCUGCCCUAUGUUAUCCCUACCUGCAUUUCUCAGUCUUUUUCUCUGCUCCAUCGUGUCCAGGCGUGACCAUCUGCAGAGACACGGGGCUUAUCCUUGCUGAUAUGGCCACAGAAAAAUAAACAGACGUAAUAUUCUCCCAUGUUCUUCUAUCACACUAAUCUAAUCUCUGCUGUCGAUACAUCAACACAAGAUUUGCUGUCAAGUGGUUCAGGAGACACAAAGACAAGAUGACCCGUUAAGCCUUCAGGGACUGCAGGAUCCUGUGCCAUGAAUUAAAUUAAAUGUAACAUUUGAACCACUACUUUUAUACUAAAGCUGCAACAGAGUGCAUUUUGUUGAACAGCUGAUUUGCCUUUUCAAAACAGUUUUACUGAAAUAUUAGUGCAUUAUGAUUGUGAAUGAGAACUAUUUAGAAAUGAAAACAUUUCACUAGAUGUAUUAUUGCUCAUGUGUAAUACAGGGUAUAGUCAUUACUGAAGAAUGCAAUUAAAUAUGAAUAACUGAAACUCAGUAAUUAAUUACUUGGUUGCAGCAGCUUAAAAACACUACAAACCAGAUGCUAGAGCUGUGUGCCUUUAUGUAAUAGCAGAUAACAGAAAGGGACCUUAGUCAGACACACACGAAGGAAGAUGGCCCCUGAGAUCCAAGCAGUGGUACAUGCUACCCAAGCCUGGCUGCAGUCCUCUUGGCACAUCCAGGUGCCCUUUGCCUGGCUGGAGGCCUGCGUGGAGUGGCUGCAGGAAGAGGCAGGAGGAGCAGGUCGUCUGUCACAGCAACAAAUCAACCAACAGGCGCUGGACCAGUGGCUGCUGACGGACCUGCGGGACCUGGACUACCCUGUUCUCCCUGAGGGGCUCGCUCAGGCCCAGAAGACUGAACUCAGGGGCACCUUCUGCGUCCAGGUUGACUCGUACCUGGACGUCAGUCAGCCUGCGUAUGGUCAGCUGCAGAAGUUAAGGGGCACAGACUGUGCAAACGACGAGGUUUCUGCAGUCACACAGGCCACCCAGAGGCCCUGGGAAGCCAGGCCAACCCGCAUGCUGCUAUUGCAGGUGACAGAUGGAGUCCAGAGCUUGGAGGCCAUGGAGUAUCAGUCCAUCCCUGCACUCAGCACAGCUCUCAGGCCUGGUGUGAAGCUGCAGUUGUACGGGCAGAUGGUUUGCAGACUUGGGGUGCUUCUGUUGGGGCCAUCCAACAUCAAGGUCCUGGGUGGUGAGGUGGAGGACCUGGUGGACAGGAAUAACCAGGGCAGGGUGCUGUGUCGUACGCUGGGACUUCCUGAGGAGGAACAGCAGCAGCAGGAGCGGGAAGAGGCCCCACCAGCACCACAACAGGCUAAUCAGGAAGUGGAGGACCUGGAGCUAGAUGAUGCAGAGUUGUUGGCCAGUCUGGAGACCCAGGAGGAGGUGGAAAGGGUUCAGGUCAGGCCUGUUCGAGACAGUGGCUACGGGACACUCAGCGACACUCAGUCCUUGAGAAGCCUCUCUGUCAGGAGCCUUGUCUCCACAGCCUCAUCCAGAAGCGAAGCCUUUGCCCGCUCUCACAGAGGCAAUGAAGGUGGUUCAGCUCAAGCUCAUCGCCAAGGUAGCGAAGAGGAUUCUGACCUGUUUGACCCCUUUCCAUCUGAUCACAUGAGUCAGCAACCAAUCCCAGAUCAUAACAUGGCAGACGAAGACUUCCCCGAUGAAGACUUUGACGAUCUUCCCAUGGAUGAGCUGGAUGCUGUGAAUUUUCAAGAAAGUACAAAUGUUACUGACAGCAGUCGCCGAAGCACGCCGCAGAACAACAACAGGGUCACAGGAGACGCUAACAGAGCAACAAAACCUCAAACUGCCCGGUUUGAGCAGCACGCUUUGAACAGUUCUGGGUCAAGGCUUGGUUCUAGCGACUCCAGAUCCACCAUGGAGAAAAGAGACUAUGGAGGCUGUACGAGAGAAGCUACAGGGCAGUUAGCUGCAGCAGCUUCCUCACCUUUCUUUUCCCCGGCUGCUUUAGAGCCAUCGCACGAACUAGAAUUUGUUACUAACAAUGAGAGUGACUUCAUGGAUGAAGACAUGGACUGUCAACAAGAGCCUAGGAGAGCCAGAGAGAGCGCCACCGGCAAAACAGACACUUCAGGCUCUGGUUGUAGGCUGAGCAGCGACUCAUCAAGAAGUGUAACACCUCAGGGGCAAAGUUGCACCUCAGGCGCUGCAGAAUCUGAUAGACUGCCUGCUAAAAAAGAUCCACGGAGUCACAGCUCAGUCCCUAGUCUCACCCUGACCUCUCCACCUUUUACAUAUUUGUGCCUGCUUGAAGAGAUGAUGUCCACACCACACCCCCACACCACAGAGAUCCGUGUCAAAGCUUUCAUUGUGACUCUCUUGGGGAAGUUGAGCAGCAGCAACGGUCUUUGGAGUGUCUGCGCCACGAUAUCUGAUGGAACCGGUUACCUGGAUGUGGAGCUGUCCAACGAGGUUCUGACGGGCCUGCUGGGCUUCUCGGUGAGGGAGAAGGGGGCUCUGAAGCGUGACCCAGCCCGGAGAGGUGAGCUGGAGACUGGGAUGAGGAGGUGUCAGGAAGAGCUGGUGGACAUGUGCUGUGUUAUGACCAUCGUGGUCGAACCAGAGGGCAGGAAAGCUGUGGUGACCAAGGUGGACCCCAUCAGUGAGAAAGUACUUCAGGAGCUGGAGCAGAGGGUGAGAGACAGGCGAAAAUAAACACACAGGAGAGCUUUAGAGGAAAUGGACAGUAAUGAGAAAAUUACGGGCAAGUAUAUUGCUCCUAAGCAGAGAUGAAAAAUUGCAGACAAAACUGAGGCAAAUAUAACAUCGCGCAUCAGCGUUGCCUUAAACAUUUUCCGUCAUUUAAUGAAACUAAGGUAUUUUUUCGGAUUGCUGAUCAACCGGCCCCUCUGCUUCACAUUUGGAGAGCAGAAUGUGUGAGCUGGAUGUCUGAUGAUCAGCAAGCGGUGUGUGGAAAUGCAUCCCAUCUGCUAUAUGUGAAUGUGGCAUUCUGUCAUUUGUCAUCAGAGGAUUUCAUUCAUCCAUUCUCCCAAGCAAAGUAAACAGAUUGAAGAUGGAAAAGUGUGUGUGUGUGUGCAGGGGGGCGGGAGUUGGGGCAGUUCAUAUUCUGAUUGUUGUAAUGAAUUGCCAGCCUUUGCAUUCAUUCAGUACAUCCAUUACUUUCGACUGAAAAACGAUUGAAUAUCCAAGGGCAGCGUGGGUCUUUAAUAAACUCGCCCAGAGGAGAAUGAGAGGAAAGGAAGUUGAAAGAGAGGCCAUGAGCUUCAAUUAUUUCUGUUCAUUAUACUGGAGAGCCUCAUCGAUGUUUUUGUCUUUAAUGAAUUAAUUUACCGCACAAUUGAUGCUUUGUAUUUACUGUAUAUUGAAAUGAAAUUGUUCUGAAGGUUUUAUGAUUUUCUUUCAGUCUUGACUAAUAAAACAUGCUUGAAGUUGA